AUGCGGAUCUUUCUCCUCCCACUGACAACGCGUCAAGCCUUGAUCUAUUGCCAGCGUGCAGCGCCGAAUCCUCAGGCAAAGGCGAGCAUACCUGACCGAAUCACGAAAAAGGCUGCCGAGACAUGGGCGCAAUGGGAGACUGCACAAAGCGGAUGGAGGAAGCAGAUUGUCAAGUACGGCAACCAAGGCCUUCAGCGUAUACCAUAUCAGGAAUGGGGACUGAAAAGCUUUCCCCCAUCCAACCCCAAGCUCCAGGCAGAGCAAAUCACCAAAAAUGAAAAAUUUGAUGUGGUUUAUCCUGGGAAUGUGAUGCAUAAGGAAGACGUUCCAAAAGUCAUGGCAAGACUAGCGCGGGAGAGAAAACAGCUACACUGGAAUCGGUUCAUUGGGAGCAUGGUGGCCAUGCCAUUUACAGUACCUUUCAUUUUGGUCCCAGUAAUUCCCAAUAUCCCAUUCUUCUACCUCGUUUACCGAUGCUGGUCUCACUGGAGAGCGCUGAAAGGUUCUGACCACCUGGAUUUCAUUCUCGACCAUCGGUUAUACCGGCCAGUCUCAUCCCCAGAACUCGAGGAUUUGUAUGAACAAGUGGCUCCUGAUGCUCCCGACUUCAAAUUUCUGACCCGCUCUCAAAUCUUGGAUGGUAGUGCUCCCCCGGAGCAGAUUAUCUUGCCUGCCGACAGUCAUAACGUUGUGGCUAAAGCGACCGGUGUUCCAGAACUGAGCGGAGAAGUUGAACGAGCGCUAUGGCAAAUUCAGCGGCAGUUCCAACAGGAGAAAUCGCAGCAAGCGUCAGAAAACCCAAAGGGUGGUGAAACCCAGACCGACAAUAAACAAAGAUAG